AUUUCAGUUUCACAUGUUGGAUCACUUCCGCUAGUGUCUUUCUCUAUUCGAUAUCGGUUCACUUGGUUUUAAACCAUGGGUCGAGUAAUUCGUGCUCAGCGUAAAGGUGCUGGAUCUGUCUUCAGAUCCCAUACGAAAAGGAGAAAGGGAGCACCUAAACUCCGUUCCUUAGAUUUCUCUGAAAGGCAUGGGUACAUUAAAGGUGUUGUAAAGGAUAUUCUUCAUGAUCCUGGCCGUGGAGCACCUUUGGCUGUUGUGCAUUUCCGUGACCCAUACAAAUUCAAAACACGUAAAGAAUUAUUUAUUGCACCUGAAGGAAUGUACACUGGACAGUUCCUUUACUGUGGAAAAAAAGCAAAUCUUCAAAUUGGAAAUGUGAUGCCUGUUGGUCAAAUGCCUGAGGGUACCAUUGUUUGUAAUUUGGAGGAAAAAACUGGUGAUAGAGGUAGAUUGGCUAGGGCUUCAGGAAACUAUGCCACAGUUAUAGCUCACAAUCCUGAUACAAAGAAAACCAGGGUAAAAUUACCAUCUGGUGCCAAAAAAGUAAUUCCAUCUAACAACAGAGCAAUGGUUGGCAUUGUUGCUGGUGGUGGACGAAUUGAUAAACCAAUUCUUAAAGCUGGCCGUGCUUAUCACAAGUACAAGGCAAAGAGGAAUUGCUGGCCUAAGGUUCGUGGUGUUGCUAUGAACCCUGUUGAGCAUCCUCACGGUGGUGGUAAUCAUCAACAUAUUGGUAAAGCUUCCACAGUUAAGCGUGGAACCAGCGCUGGUCGUAAGAUUGGUCUUAUUGCUGCGCGUCGUACAGGAAGAAUUAGGGGAGGAAAGACCGACACGAAGAAAGACGAUUAGAUUGAACAUUGAUUAAAUUUUGAAACUUCUACAAUAAAACAUUUAAAAAUGGA